CGUGAUUAUAUGGAUUGGUUCUAUACUCCCCUUCUUUGAAGUUUAUUGAAUGUCCUUUGCCGUCAUUGCUUACUCACAUACUCUCCAAUCACACUGCAGCUGAUCCGACCUUUGUACCUGGUCGUACCCUCACACUGCCUCUUUACGACUUGCAUGCGCCACCGGACCAUCCUUACGUGCGGACGCCAUACGCAUACUCAGCGCUGGUACAGCUCUAUGCGAGAUCACGCCAACUGGACUCUGCUAGUGUACGAUUUGCCCGUAUGGGAAACGUAUCACCGUGGUGCCAAUUUGGGUGUGAGUGUCUGGAAACGCCGCAUCAUCUAUUUGCCAAGUGUCGUCGUUUCGCGGAAACGCGCAUCAAGUCGUCGCAGGAAGUGGUAGAUACAACUUCCAUGCUUCUUUGUGAAGCAAAAACCACUAUUCGAACAACGGAUGUUUAUCUACACUCCGCACGGCGCUUGUUCGUUGACGACGCUUCGGUGUGGCCUUUGCGCGAGACUCGCUAUUACUUAGGAACUGUACCUGCGAUUGAACCACCAGAUCAAAUAACCACUGUGUUGGCGACAAAAAUAGCGCACGUUUGGCAUGUGGCCAGCAUUCGUUUGGUAGGGUAAAUAUGGGGGAUGUACAAGUGUACUACAAAUCCAACGAUCGGCAAGGCUGAACGUGUGUUUGAUUUGCCUAGACAUUUGCGGCAUUUGCAGUCACAUUCAUAGUGACUAUUUAUUUCGAAGAGCUGACGCUCCUUCCUUCCUCCUCUCGCACGGACACAGCUUCUUUCUGACAUUUGUGAUCCCUUGGAUAUACGUUCUUCUCUUACUUCCUUCUCACUCAACUCGACGGUCUCUUUGCAGUUCCCUGCUAUAUCGCCCCUACCUCCUAGCUGAUCUCUCUCACCGGGCGCCAGUAUUCACAGACGUUCACACACAGUUCCACGCGAGAACGUCAACGACAACGGCUGCCAUCACAUUUCCAACUU